AUGACCGAGGUAUCUUCCACCAGGUUGUACCUGGGAAAUCUCCCUCGUAAUGCCACCAAGGCCGACGUCGAAGCCCAUUUUGCGACCCAUGGCACUGGCGAAAUCACCGAGAUUAAACUCAUGAACGGAUUCGGCUUCAUCGAGUACAAGGAUGCGAUGGAUGCUCGCGAUGUUGUGCCUGAUGGAUCCGACUUCAUGGGCGAACGCCUGACUGUACAAUUUGCCCGUGGAACCCGGCAUCGGGAGGGCGGUAGCGCCACCGGCUUCAAUAACGAGCGCGCUCCCCCGAGGCCUCGCCGCACUCCCCAUCGCAUGCAGAUCACGGGACUUCCCACCGAUACCAGCUGGCAGGUCUGUUGA